GGUUCGGUAUGAGGUGGCUUUAAACGCCGGAAGCCGACAGUGUUUAUAACAAGAAGUUAAGCUAACAGGCUAACUGGUCCGAGAGAGAGCAGCGUGAUUAAAAUCAUCCCUGAUUUUCUCAGAGUGUGAUUCUGUGGAGUUUCUCAGGAGUCAGGAUGAGUCUGCAGUGGACGGCGGUGGCCACCUUCCUGUACGCUGAGGUCUUCUUUGUUCUUCUGCUCUGCAUCCCCUUCAUCUCACCCAAGAGGUGGAACAAGAUCUUCAAGUCUCGUGUCAUUCAGGCCAUCGCUCUCUAUGGAAACACUUCAUUCAUGGUGGCCAUCGCCAUCCUCGUCUUCCUGCUCAUCGAUGCGUUUCGUGAAGUGAGGAAGUACAGUGUGACGGAGAAGGUGGACCUGACCAACAACCCGACGGCCAUCGAACACAUCCACAUGAAACUGUUCAGAGCUCAGAGGAACGAGUACAUCGCCGGCUUCGCCCUGCUGCUCUGCCUGUUACUGCGUCGUCUGGCCACGCUGCUCUCCCAGCAGGCCUCACUCAUGGCCUCCAACGAAGCCUUCAGGAAGCAGGCGGAGGGCGCCAGCAGCGCUGCCAAGAAAUACAUGGAGGACAACGAGCUGCUGCAAGAGGUUCUGGGCCGUAGACUUGUCAUGGAGGGAAAACUGGAUUCAGAUUUCUGCAAAACGAGAUCUCUCCAGCUCAGGUCAGAACUGAGCUUCCAGGUGGUUUCAGCAGAGAGCUCCGUCCGCAGUGAAACACCUGGACAACAGAGAAACCGCUAA